AAUGUCAUUCGAAUUGCAUUGAUCGUCGGUUCGAUUUGGAUCCUCCGCCAAUAUCGCACACAGCAGACGAACGACAAACUUUGGUUGGCAACCCUCGAUUCGAUCGAUUCAGCCAGCCAAAAAGCCAAAGCGUCUCCUCUUGGCUACAAUACGUAUAUCCACAGCUAUCGUGCAGUACGGUACCGGUAGUCUCUGCAUGUGAGGAGAGUACAGCAUUGGCUAUUCUUCCUUUGAGUGCUUACUGCAAGAUACGAACUAGUACGAAGUGAGCCAUGUCCACGUCUCCAUCAGCCUUUGGCAUGGCCUGGGAUCCCAAGAAUCCGUCGGCAUUGGUAUUGCCUCGGGCCAUUCAAGUCCCAAGCCAGCAACAAGAUGAGGCAAGAGUCGUCGCCAUGCAAAUCAACACCAUGUUGUCGCAUUCUGGAGUGGGUUGUAACGAACAUGAGGUUUCGGCCUUGAUGCAAUUGUUGGAUGCCCACCAGGCUCAUUCGGAGCUCACGCCAUCGGUCAGCAAAUCCUGGAAUACUCUCAAAACACUCUCCAAGGCGUACCGUGCCGCUCUGCGAGAAUGUUUGGUGCAAUGGGAAGAUCAUUGGAUUGAAAUGGACGAGAACAACAAUGACAACUCCAUGACGGAGGGCAAUAAUAAUAUGCAACAACCCGCUUUGGACAAGGAAAAUUUGGAAAUGCUCAAGUUGGUCUAUGCGAUUACGCAUCUCUCGGAAAUCUUUAUUCUUCCACCACCUCCCGAAAUGACCAGUAGUUUGGAUUAUUACGCCGACGCAUUUUCCAUUCCGGGAGCUUUGACGGCCGAUACGGUCCGCUAUUUGCGACAUCAUCACACCGCCCCAGCCUUGCAAAUGGUCGAUCCGGACGUCCUGCAGGAAUUGAUGGAUUCGCUCCACCCAGAUCAAGUCGAUGACGGAGCACCCUACUGGCUCUUGUUGAACACUCUUGUCAAACACGGAAAUUUAGAACAGGCAUGGGCUUUGCUCUCCCGUCAUUCAGCCUGCCAACGAGCCAUGAGAAGCCGAGACGACAUGGAUGACGACGGCGACGAAGCACUCUUGUUGGAAAAAGAUCGAGAAGCCUUUCAGGAUCUAGAACGGCUGUUGCUCAGUGCUCCCUUGCCAGGAGGUCGAGAUGAUGCGAACGAUGCUGGUUUGGAUGCCAAACACAACAACAGACCCCGCGAAGAAACCCUGCUGGAGGGGAUUUCCACAACCGAUUAUCAGUUGUGGGAAACCAGCGACACAACUUUGGAAGGAACAGAUUUUCCCGUUCACUACAAUCCACGAGCCGCAUCCACCAAACGACACGCAUGGCAACAGUACGUCCUCGAUUUGGAAUCGGUCCAUCGAUUGGCACGCAAAAUUCCACAAUUGGACGGAAUUUUGAAAAUUCUAAGUGGUAAUAUCAAGCAAGCUGUAUUCGACAAUUGGGCCGAGGCGCUCCUGGCGGAAUUGAUCUACGUCAAUCCAACCAUUGUUCCUGGCAACAUUCAAGUGCGAGCGGAAAAACUUAUGCAAAAGUAUCCGCCUGUUCACGAACAGAUGGAUGAUGUCCUUUUGAGCAUCAUGCAGGGAAGUUCGGGGCGGGUCAUGGAAUCACUAUUUGCUUUUGGAGGCGCCAGUGGAGCGGCAUUGCCGGCUACUGUGACAUCACUGCUCUGCAACUUGUACCUGGACGCCGGGCUCCAGCUACCAAAGCCAUUGCAAAUGGACCUUUUGAAAACGGCAGCAUUUGCCAUUACUUCGUCUCUGGCGGGGCCGAAUGCGGACAUUGGCACACGCAUGGUUGUGCGCCUGCUACUUCCCUUUGCUACACCCAAGGGUGAUGUCAGCAUUGUGGCGACCAUGGCUGCAAUUCUGGAACGUCAUACUCCUGGGAAUGAUGUAGAAGCACGUAACCUCAUCUCACUAUGUCAAAAACUGGUGGACAAGAAAAGCGAACGGAUUGUGGACGGGUGUGUCGGUUUGGUCUUGUUCCGCUAUCGAAGCCAUUUGAAUAGUGAUACCCCUGGUGGGGCCAUGCACUGGUUGUUGGUGGGUCUGGAAUUGGAAUCGAUGCUUUGUCGUGAGAGUGACGGAGAAGUCCAUGAUUGGCAAAGCAUUGAAGCCACGAGUGUAUGCUAUCGCUAUAUCAUUUCAUGGUGCGUUCGUGUUGCCGGAGCGCUCCUCUUGGGAAUUCUGGAGGAGAGGGAAGGAGUGGGUCGAGUCAAUGCCACAGCCAAGGAAAUGGUAAAGUCCCUCAAAGAGGGACCUCUAGAGGGAUACGUUGCCAAGCUGCUCGAGGUGCAGACAUUGGAACUCAUGGUGGGUAUCUACGAAAGAUUGUCAAAUGACUCUCCUGAUUGGACUCCUGUGGCCACCAAUAUCAAACUGCUUUUGCAAGAAAAACCCAACGAGUAUGAUUCUGGUGCGGUUACUACGACAGCUCCUCGAUGUCUGCAUUACGGCUUGCUCUUGCUGGGACAGCGUGUGAUUGAAGAAGACGAAAGACGCAUCCCUUUGGCCAAGCCGAACGACUACUGCUCAUCCUUUGAUGUGCAAGGUGUGCAGGCUCUAUUGGAGCAGGUUGCGGUCAUCCCGUUGAGUUUGGAGUUGGAAAAGCUACAUCCCAUUCCAGAAGACCUACUGCACACUAUUCGCCUGUCGCUGGCCAAGGCAUUGUCCAGGGCCUUCGUGAAGGAAAAUGCACGGAGAAAGCCGGACUGGUCAGGAGAGAAGGAUGAAGUUGAUGUUGCUACAAUCCGUUCCUGUGACCUCCACAAGUUCUCCAUUGAAACCCAAGAACGAGCUGUUCAAUUCAUGCUCGACUCUUAGGCUGUGGUGCUUCCAGCAGAAACUGUAGUCUCUUUACGGAUAGGAAAGAUGCGUGUUCGUCUGCAACUCGUACCGGUACCAUAGAACCAGGUCCUUUUCAAAACUGUCCUGAAGGCAGGUGUGUUGGAGCCAUCAUCGACCAUACUUGGAAUAAUGCCCCACACAAUGCAGCAGCAGCUUUUGGUUUGGGUGGUUUAUAUCAAUAUUGGUAGCUACAUAUCUAACAUUAACAUCCGUUACAAGUUUUGCGACAUCGAGCUUCGUCAGCGCUGCCGAAGCAAUUGAUCAAAUUUUGUCAAACCAGUUGCGCAAUGUCGAGUCCCAGGCCCACUCUCCUCAGGAGAGUGAAGACCUCACCAAACGUGUCAUUGAGAUCAAAGAGCCAGCAAAAGGCAGGGGUGGCCUCAGUGACCGCCGAAAAGUGUGGCGCUAUCCUUUUGAUAAUGUCUAUUCGCCCUCUAGUGCACAAGAAGAUGUUUGGGAGGGAGUUGCGCCUCUCAUUCAAAGCGCCAUUGACGGGUUUCCGGUCUGCAUCUUUGCCUACGGGCAAACAGGUCAGCAGUGAGCUCCUUGAAGCAACUGGAUCCCUUAUCUGUGAUCCUUCAGAACGAUUCACGCAUUAGCUAGCUAGAGAAGGCAAUCAUUGAUUGAAAGGCUUUAAAUGAUGACGAGGUGUUGCUUUGGAGCCCACCUUCGGGAUCCCCAGCAGCAAAGCCCACAGAACUAAAAGCCUCGGAGACUAAGUUCUUGCGAGCUAAGAGAAGGAAAUAAUUGAACUGGAUGACGCCUGAGUUCCUUGGAGCGCCAGUAAAGCUCAGCAGACUCGGAGACUACAGUCGUACCGUACGUAUUUCGACAACCGAAACCACUAGCCAGGGUCCAGUAACGAGCUCGAUACUAAUCAACGCAAUAGUUUAAAAUAUAAAGUUUAUUCCAUAGA